AUGGAAAGCGGAUCUGGUAGUGGUGAUGAUGGCUUUGAUUUUGAGCAGACUCUGAAGGACCUCGUUCGACGACGGGGUGAAGCCUCCAUUAAGGCCCGUGAGUUGGGCGUGAUGUUUCAAGAUUUGCGCAUAGCCGGCCUUGGAGCACGUGCAACACUGCAGCCCACAAUGGGCUCCAUAUUGAAUCCCUCUACUGCCCUGAAAAAUAUCACCGCAAUGCGCAAUCCCGAAAUCCGUGACAUUCUGUCAGGCUUUGAAGGCGUGGUAAUGCCAGGAGAGAUGUUGCUUGUUCUGGGGCGUCCUGGUUCCGGCUGUAGCACGUUCCUAAAAGCGCUCUCCAAUCAGACGUCGGAGUAUCACGCUGUCGAAGGUGAUAUAUGUUACGACUCCUUCACCCCUGAGGAAAUAGCCAAUCAAUAUCGGGGCGAUGUCAUCUACUGUCCCGAAGAUGAUGUCCAUUUUCCGACCCUCACAGUUGAGCAGACACUAUCCUUCGCAAUCAAAACCCGUACGCCACAUAUGCGCUUUACCAAUCAGUCCCGCGAGCAGUAUAAUCGCGACGUUAUCGACAUCUUGAUCAGGAUUUUCGGACUGCACCACGCACGUAAUACCGUUGUUGGGAACGCCGCUAUACGAGGCGUAUCAGGUGGAGAGAAGAAGCGUGUUUCUAUUGCAGAGGCUUUGUCGUGCAGGAGCUUGAUCAGCUCCUGGGACAACUCGACCCGUGGUCUAGAUGCGUCGACAGCGUUAGAGUUCAUUCAGGCACUUCGCAUUGGCACCGAUAUCGGGCGGAUUACGACAAUUGUCUCUCUUUACCAAGCCGGCGAGCAGUUGUAUAACCUGUUUGACAAGGUAUGCGUUAUCUCCGAGGGCCGAAUGGUCUACUUUGGGCCUGCAAAAGAGGCACGCCAACAUUUCAUGAGUAUGGGAUAUGAACCCUACCACCGACAAACGACGUCUGAUUUUCUUGUUUCUGUCACGGAUCCAAAUGCGAGAAAUUUUCGGGAUGAAGUCGAAGGAACAGUACCCAGAACAGCUGCGGAAAUGGCAGCUUAUUUCCUCGCGUCUCCGCUAGGGAAAGCUAACCGUCAAUCGGUUGAUAACUACCGCGACCUCUAUGUGGGCAAACCCGAACGCAAGGAAGCAUACAACCUUAGUGCGGUAAUGGAGCAUGCGCGUCAUGCGCCGAAGAGUAAUUCCUACACAAUAUCAAUCCCAAUGCAAGUCAGGGCAGUAAUGGUCCGCCGGGUCCAGAUAAUCAAGGGCGAUGUCGUCUCCCAAGUGGUGCAACUUGUCGUACAGAUAUUCCAAGCCAUCGUGAUGGGCACGGUUUUCUAUAACCUCCCCGAUGCAACUUCUGGUUACUUCUCUCGCGGGGGCAUCCUGUUCUUUGCCUUGUUUUUCGGCGCCAUGUCUGCGAUGGCAGAGAUACCUGCCCUCUUUGCUCAGCGUCCCAUAAUCCUCCGUCACCACAAAGCAGCGAUGUAUUAUCCAUUCAUUGAAAGUCUGGCUUACACGGUCGUCGAUAUACCAAUUACGUUCGUCAUCCAGGGUGUUUUCUCUGUACUCCUGUACUUCUUGGUCAACCUUCAGAGGACACCAUCACAGUUCUUCGUAUUCUUCUUGGUGGUUUUCACGAUGACGAUUGCGAUGAAAGGAUUUUUCAGAAUGGUCGCUGCAGCUUUUAAAGAAGAGUCUAGUGCUACAUCAGUCGCUGGCAUUGGCGUCUUGGUCUUCUCGUUGUUCACUGGUUAUACGGUUCCUCGGCUUAGCAUCCCGGGUGCUCUUCGCUGGAUCACUUACUUGAAUCCUCUCGGGUUCGGGUUCGAAUCAUUGAUGAUGAACGAAUUUCACACCUUGAACGGGAUAUGCACUACCUUAGUCCCUCAGGGUCCUGCAUAUCAAAAUAUAUCGCUGACUAAUCAAGUCUGCACCACUGUCGGAGCUCAGCCUGGAAUGUCGACUGUGGACGGUAACGCCUUCACUUACCUAUCGUAUGAUUACAAGUACAGCGAUCUUUGGCGCAAUUACGGCAUUAUCUGUGCAUUUGGUGCCGCUUUCAUUCUCUUGUUGCUCCUCGCUACGGAAUUUAACACCGGAUCGGCAUUUGAUUCUGCUGUCACUCUCUUCAAAAAGCCCAAGAGUGUAGGUUCUGUUGGGCCCGCCAAUGUAAGAAGAGAUGAAGAAAAAGCGGGACCAUCAGCACCUCGUGAAAAUGCGCCCAGACACAGCAAUGCAUCUAGAGGAAAGAAGAAACCUGAGCUUCCCGAUAUCUUCACCUGGCACCAUGUGCAAUACGUUGUGCCAAUUUCAGGGGGGUCAGAGAGGAGGUUGUUGGACAACAUUUCUGGUUAUGUCGCACCUGGAAAGAUAACUGCUCUCAUGGGCGAAUCGGGCGCAGGAAAGACUACUCUGCUCAACGUCCUUGCCGAGCGCGUCGAUGUUGGUGUCGUUUCAGGCGACCGUUUCAUCAAUGGACAACCCCUCCCCUCAGACUUCCAAGCACAAACUGGAUAUUGUCAGCAGACGGAUACCCAUCUACCCCAGGCCACUGUUAGGGAAGCCAUUCUCUCUUCAGCUCAUCUUAGACAAUCAGAAUUUGUCCCUAUGGAGGAGAUUCAGGCUCACGUCGACAAGUGCCUCCAAAUGUGUGGCCUCGAGGCCUAUGCAGACGCAGUUGUGGGCUCGUUGGGCGUUGAACAUAAAAAGCGCACGACAAUAGCCGUCGAACUGGCCGCGAAGCCCAAACUUCUUCUUUUCCUUGAUGAACCUACAUCUGGUCUCGAUUCCCAAUCGGCUUGGGGCAUCAUAACAUUCCUUCGUGAGCUGGCUGACAGUGGACAAGCUAUCUUGUGCACUAUUCAUCAACCUUCUGGGGAGCUUUUUCAAUUGUUUGACAAACUUCUCCUCCUUCGCAAGGGUGGCCAAACCGUCUACUUCGGUGACAUUGGAGAAAAAUCUUCCACGAUGUUGAAAUAUUUCGAGCGCAAUGGAGCCCCACCCUGUGACGAGGAAGCCAACCCUGCGGAAUACAUGCUUGAUGUCAUUGGUGCUGGAGCAACCGCGAACACAUCUGUUGAUUGGCAUAAUGUCUGGCAACUUUCGCCAGAAGCUGUCGUGCUUGAGGAUGAGCUUGGGCGCAUUCAUACUGAAGGUCGAUCUCGUCCCGUUGUCCAGACAGCGCUGCGCACCCGAUUUGCCACUUCAUGGAGGCACCAAACCAUUGCCCUUACACAGCGCAACUACCAAGCAUAUUGGCGGAAUCCAACCUACUUGAUGGCAAAGCUAGGUCUCAAUAUCGCUGGUGGUCUAUUGAUCGGCUUCACAUUCUUCAAGACGAAAGACUCCCUUCAGGGUACACAGAACAAACUCUUUGCAAUUUUCUUGGCCACAAUUUUGUGUGUACCCCUUUCUCAACAGAUGCAGGGGAUCUACAUCGAUAUUCGGUCAAUUUAUGAAGUCCGCGAGCGCCAGAGCAGGAUGUACAAGUGGACUGCUCUCGUAACCUCUCAAAUCCUUGUCGAGAUACCUUGGAAUAUCUUUUGCUCGUCAAUAUUCUUUAUUUGCUGGUACUGGACGGUCGGAUUCGACAAUGACCGGGCCGGAUAUACCUAUCUGGUGUAUGGAGUCAUAUUCCCGCUCUAUUACACGACGAUCGCACUCGCAAUAGCUUCAAUGGCUCCAAGUGCAUUUAUUGCUUCGUUGUUAUUCAGCGCGCUCUUCUCGUUUGUUGUUAUAUUUAACGGUGUCAUGCAACCAUUCCGUGAGCUAGGCUGGUGGCAGUGGAUGUACAGGGUUUCGCCUUUCACAUAUCUUAUUGAAGGCCUUUACGGUCAAGCGGUCGGCGGACAGGCAAUUGUUUGCGCGUCAACGGAACUUGUUACCAUUGUUCCUCCUACUGGACUUACAUGUGCCGAUUAUAUGGACCCUUUCAUGUCUUACGCGGGCGGAUAUCUAACAAACCCCGAUGCGACGUCGAGCUGCCUCUACUGUCCAUAUCAGACGACGGACCAGUUCAUGUUUUCUGGAUUCAAUAUCGAGUAUUCUCACCGCUGGCGUGAUGUUGGUAUCAUGUUUGGCGUCAUUGCGUUUAAUAUUCUUGCAAUUUUCACACUGACCUACCUAUUUCGCAUUCGGAAGGGUAAUCUUCUGCCGUCAUUCAAGCGUAGACUGUGA